UUCAAAUUCUUGGUUAGCUGAAGCUCCGCAGCGGGGCUGGCGACGGUUGGACCCGGCGCUGCUGGGACGGUGAGCACCGAUCGGGGUGGUUGGGGCUGGGCAGGGCCCUCCUUCCUCGCCCGGAGCCCCGCUCCACCCUGUCCCUCCACCUGACGGUGGGCGGUUUCCGAGGAGCCUCGGCCUCCACAGCUUACAUGUGAGCAUGAGUCUUCUUAUGAUUAGCGAGAAUGUAAAAUUGGCUCGUGAAUAUGCAUUGCUGGGAAACUAUGACUCUGCGAUGGUCUAUUAUCAGGGAGUUCUUGACCAAAUGAACAAGUAUCUAUACUCAGUCAAAGAUACGUACCUGCAGCAGAAAUGGCAACAGGUGUGGCAGGAAAUAAAUGUGGAAGCUAAGCAUGUUAAGGAUAUCAUGAAAACACUAGAGAGCUUUAAAUUAGACAGCUCUCCAUUGAAAGCUGCACAACAUGAGCUUCCAGCUUCUGAGGGAGAAGUCUGGUCCUUGCCUGUACCUGUUGAACGAAGACCCUCACCAGGUCCUAGAAAACGCCAAUCUUCUCAAAACAGUGACCCGAAAGCACACAGUAACCGUCCAAGUACAACUGUCAGAGUUCACCGUCCAUCUGCACACAAUCUUCAAAAUGACAGAGGGAAAGCUGUGCGUUGCCGGGAAAAAAAAGAACAGAAUAAAGGAAGAGAGGAAAAGAACAAAUCACCUGCCGCAGUGACAGAACCAGAGACCAAUAAAUUUGAUAGUACUGGAUAUGAUAAGGACUUAGUAGAAGCUUUGGAAAGAGAUAUAAUUUCUCAGAAUCCUAAUGUUCGAUGGGAUGAUAUUGCUGAUUUGGUAGAAGCGAAAAAGUUGCUUAAGGAAGCCGUGGUAUUACCCAUGUGGAUGCCAGAAUUCUUUAAGGGCAUCAGGAGACCGUGGAAAGGAGUGCUGAUGGUUGGCCCACCUGGCACGGGAAAGACCCUCCUUGCUAAAGCAGUAGCUACAGAAUGCAAGACAACAUUCUUCAAUGUCUCUUCAUCAACGCUGACUUCUAAAUACAGAGGAGAGUCUGAGAAGCUUGUUCGCCUUCUGUUCGAAAUGGCUCGAUUUUAUUCUCCAGCCACCAUAUUUAUUGAUGAGAUUGAUUCCAUCUGUAGUCGCAGAGGGACUUCUGAAGAGCACGAAGCAAGCAGGAGGGUGAAAGCCGAGCUGCUGGUUCAAAUGGAUGGUGUUGGAGGUGCUUCUGAAAAUGAUGACCCUUCCAAAAUGGUUAUGGUUCUGGCAGCUACUAAUUUUCCCUGGGAUAUUGAUGAGGCUUUAAGACGACGUCUUGAAAAAAGAAUCUAUAUUCCAUUACCAUCAGCAAAAGGCAGAGAGGAGCUAUUACGAAUAAGUCUCCGUGAGCUGGAAUUGGCUGAUGAUGUUGACCUUGCACGUAUAGCAGAAAACAUGGAAGGUUAUUCAGGUGCAGACAUUACCAACGUGUGCAGGGAUGCAUCCUUGAUGGCAAUGAGAAGGCGCAUUGAAGGUUUGACACCAGAAGAAAUCCGAAAUCUUUCAAGAGAAGAAAUGCACAUGCCCACAACCAUGGAGGAUUUUGAAAUGGCUUUAAAAAAGGUUUCUAAGUCAGUAUCUGCUGCAGACAUUGAAAGAUAUGAGAAAUGGAUAUUAGAAUUUGGAUCAUGCUAAUUCUCACAUGUAAACUGUGAGAAACCUGCCUUAAGUAUUUGAAUAAUUAAAUGUAGUAUUUCAUUGCACGGAGUGCUAUAUUUUUUUAAACUUUCAUAAUGGUAAGAUUUUUUUUUAAAAAACCAUAUGAUUCUUAAUAAAGGCAAUUUUUUAAAGCUGUAAGCAAUUUA